AGAGCUUCUCCAGCCCUGCAGGGCGAGCAGUCCAGCCCUGGGUUCCCCGGAGCUUAAGCAUUACUGAAGGAAAACUUCCAUCUCUCUCUCCUGGCAUUGAUCCUCACUGGAUAGCAGACCAGAGGCGCCGACCGACCGGAGGGAGGAUGCGAGAUGACUGGCCCUUUGGCAACCUGACCAUCUCUUUAACAGAGCCUUCCAAAGCGAGCCUGAGGCUGGCUGCACAACCCAGGAGGCGCCGCUUUCUUGUGGAUGUGUGUGUGAGUGAGUGAGCUGGUGUGUGUGCGUGUGUGUGUGAGUGUGCGUGUAUGUGUGCGUGCAUGUGUGUGUGAGGGUGUGUGUGUGUGUGUGUAUGGGUGUGCACAUCAUGAUUGUGUGUAAGAGUGUCUGAGUGAGUGUGCACGUGUGAGUGUGUGUGUGCUCUUGGCUAUUAUUAUUAUUAUUAUUAUUACUGUUGGAAGAAACAUCCUGAAAAUCUGGGGCAGGUUACUGUGAUUCUUCUUCUGCAAGAGGAGCUGACCAGAGCUAGCAACCAGAGCCAUUUCCCUGCCAGGAGACAGCAUUUUCUUCCCUGAAGGAGAAGGAUUUUCACCUCUGCUCUGCAGCCCAGUGAAAGAGAUUAGCCCCUAACCCUGGGAAAUCGACCAGAGCCCCGUGAUUAGCAGGCUUGGGAGAGGACUUGGGAAGUAAAGCAGAAAUAAAUCACAUAGCCUGCCAGUCCCUUUGACCACGUUGGAAGAUGUCAUCUCAAACUAAGUUCAAGAAGGACAAAGAGAUCAUUGCCGAGUAUGAAGCUCAAAUGAAAGAGAUCCGCACGCAGCUGGUGGAGCAGUUCAAAUGUCUGGAGCAGCAGUCGGAGUCUCGGCUGCAGCUGCUGCAGGACCUGCAGGAGUUCUUCCGCAGGAAAGCUGAGAUCGAGCUGGAGUACUCCCGCAGCCUGGAGAAGCUGGCUGAGCGCUUCUCCUCCAAGAUCCGCAGCUCCCGUGAGCAUCAGUUUAAGAAGGACCAAUACCUCCUCUCGCCUGUGAACUGUUGGUAUCUGGUGCUACAUCAGACCCGGCGGGAGAGCCGAGACCAUGCCACCCUCAAUGACAUCUUCAUGAACAACGUCAUCGUCCGCCUUUCCCAGAUCAGUGAGGAUGUCAUCAGACUCUUCAAAAAGAGCAAGGAGAUUGGCCUGCAGAUGCACGAGGAGCUGCUGAAGGUGACCAAUGAGCUCUACACAGUCAUGAAAACCUACCACAUGUACCAUGCAGAGAGCAUCAGUGCAGAGAGCAAGCUGAAGGAGGCCGAGAAGCAGGAGGAGAAACAGUUCAACAAGUCUGGAGACCUCAGCAUGAAUCUGCUCCGACAUGAGGACCGGCCCCAGCGCCGCAGCUCUGUGAAGAAGAUUGAGAAGAUGAAGGAGAAGAGACAGGCCAAGUAUUCUGAGAACAAGCUCAAGUGCACGAAGGCCCGCAACGACUACCUGCUGAAUCUGGCGGCCACCAAUGCAGCUAUCAGCAAAUACUACAUCCAUGAUGUCUCUGAUCUCAUCGAUUGCUGUGAUUUGGGCUUUCAUGCCAGCUUGGCCCGUACCUUCCGGACCUACCUCUCAGCCGAAUACAACCUGGAAACCUCUCGUCAUGAGGGGCUGGAUGUCAUUGAGAAUGCCGUUGACAACUUGGACUCUCGGAGUGAUAAGCACACGGUCAUGGACAUGUGUAACCAGGUCUUCUGCCCUCCACUCAAGUUUGAGUUUCAGCCUCACAUGGGGGACGAGGUGUGCCAGGUGAGUGCACAGCAGCCCGUCCAGACGGAGUUGCUCAUGCGGUACCACCAGUUGCAGUCCAGGCUGGCCACGCUCAAGAUUGAAAAUGAGGAGGUUAGGAAAACCCUGGAUGCCACCAUGCAGACCCUACAGGACAUGCUGACAGUGGAGGACUUCGAUGUCUCUGAUGCCUUCCAACACAGUCGGUCCACAGAGUCCAUAAAGUCAGCUGCCUCAGAGACCUACAUGAGCAAGAUCAACAUUGCCAAAAGGAGAGCCAACCAGCAGGAAACAGAAAUGUUUUAUUUCACAAAAUUUAAAGAGUAUGUGAACGGCAGUAACCUCAUCACCAAGCUGCAGGCCAAGCAUGAUUUACUCAAGCAGACGCUGGGCGAAGGGGAGAGAGCAGAAUGCGGCACCACCAGCAGAAGAAAUGGAAGGCUUAGGCUGCCCCACUUUCCUUGGCUGAGCUGUCCCCCUGCUCCCCACUUUGUGCCCCACCCAGCAUUUCAAGGAAGAAGAAAUGCUCGAACCAGGAACCAGGAUUCAGGACAAGCGAUCCCACUCGUAGUUGAGAGCUGUAUCCGGUACAUCAAUUUAUAUGGACUCCAGCAGCAGGGCAUCUUCAGAGUGCCAGGGUCCCAGGUCGAAGUCAAUGACAUCAAAAAUUCCUUUGAGAGAGGUGAAGACCCGCUCGUGGAUGACCAAAAUGAGCGAGAUAUCAAUUCAGUCGCUGGCGUCUUAAAACUGUAUUUCCGAGGACUGGAAAACCCACUCUUUCCUAAGGAAAGGUUUCAAGAUUUGAUAUCUACUAUUAAACUGGAGAAUCCAGCUGACAGGGUGCACCAGAUCCAACAGAUCCUUGUCACCCUACCCCGAGUGGUCCUUGUGGUCAUGAGAUACCUCUUCGCUUUCCUCAACCACCUCUCCCAGUACAGUGAUGAGAACAUGAUGGAUCCCUACAACCUGGCCAUCUGCUUCGGGCCCACCCUCAUGCACAUCCCCGAUGGCCAGGACCCUGUCUCCUGCCAGGCACACGUCAAUGAAGUCAUUAAAACCAUCAUCAUCCACCAUGAAGCCAUCUUCCCCAGCCCACGGGAGCUAGAGGGACCCGUGUAUGAAAAAUGCAUGGCUGGAGGGGAAGAAUACUGUGACAGUCCACACAGUGAGCCAGGAACCAUUGAUGAAGUUGACCAUGACAAUGGCACGGAGCCUCACACUAGUGAUGAAGAAGUGGAGCAGAUUGAGGCUAUCGCCAAGUUUGACUACGUGGGGCGGUCCCCUCGUGAGUUGUCCUUCAAGAAGGGAGCCUCCCUGCUCUUGUACCAUCGUGCCUCAGAGGACUGGUGGGAAGGCCGUCACAAUGGUGUGGAUGGACUCAUCCCUCAUCAGUACAUAGUUGUACAGGACAUGGAUGACGCCUUCUCAGACAGCCUGAGCCAAAAGGCCGACAGUGAAGCUAGCAGUGGGCCACUGCUGGAUGACAAGGCCUCCUCCAAGAACGACCUCCAGUCCCCCACGGAGCACAUCUCAGAUUAUGGCUUUGGGGGGGUGAUGGGCCGAGUGCGGUUACGAUCUGAUGGAGCGGCCAUCCCUAGGCGCCGAAGUGGGGGCGACACACACAGCCCACCCCGGGGCCUGGGCCCCAGCAUAGACACACCACCCCGGGCUGCUGCCUGUCCAAGCAGCCCCCACAAAAUCCCCCUCACCCGGGGGCGGAUCGAGAGCCCUGAGAAGAGGAGGAUGGCAACGUUUGGGAGCGCCGGCAGCAUCAACUAUCCUGACAAGAAGGCACUCUCGGAAGGGCUCUCGAUGAGGUCCACCUGUGGCUCUACCCGGCACAGCAGCCUAGGGGACCACAAGUCCCUUGAAGCUGAGGCCUUGGCAGAAGACAUCGAGAAGACCAUGAGCACAGCUCUGCACGAGUUGCGGGAACUCGAGAGGCAGAACACAGUCAAGCAGGCGCCAGAUGUGGUGCUGGACACCCUGGAGCCCCUGAAGAACCCACCAGGCCCCAUAAAUUCAGAGCCCGCCAGCCCCCUGCACACCAUCGUCAUCCGAGACCCCGAUGCUGCCAUGCGCCGCAGCAGCAGCUCCUCCACCGAGAUGAUGACCACCUUUAAGCCAGCCCUUUCUGCCCGCCUGGCCGGUGCUCAGCUCCGCCCGCCUCCCAUGCGGCCUGUGCGUCCCGUGGUCCAGCACCGGUCCAGCAGUAGCAGCAGUUCGGGUGUGGGCAGCCCGGCAGUGACACCCACAGAGAAGAUGUUCCCCAACAGCUCCACAGACAAGUCGGGCACCAUGUGACCUGCAGGAUGGGCAGCUCAGCUGGGGCCCACUGGACACACCAUGGCCUGGGGUGGCCUCAGCGGCUUCCACUUGCUUCCCAGGGAUCCUGGCCUUGGAAGGCCUCACCCAGAAGGUCAGGCUGGGAGGGUGUUUUUCUGUGGAGAGUGGAGGACUUGGCAUUAGCUGCAGCUCACACUCAGCCAUGUGAACCCCACAGACACCCUAGGAAUGCCGGUGCAAGAACAGACUCGAGGACAGCAUUUCCCAGGAUUAAAGCAAAAUGCUAAUUGUCUUCUCCCGCAUAUCGUCACUGGAAUAUUAUUCUCUCCAUACGUAUAUAUGUGUGUGUAUAUAAAUAUGUGCAUAUAUACGCAUAUAUGUGUACGUAUGUGUCUAUAGGUGUGUGUGUAUAUAUAUUUAUGCAUCUAUAUAAUAUACUAGAUCUGGACAUACACACAUGCUAAAUGUAUAUAGGAUCUCCUUUUUCUGUUUAUGAAACUUAGAUUUACCUCAGACCCAUGCCACCAAACAUCUCCCACUGAGUUAUUUGGUGGGAUUUGCAGGGACUUUUCUGGGAGAACUUUGAGGCCCCACAGUAACUGCGAAUGAAGCAAUAUUAUCACUAACCUGCAGAAACACAAAAGCAGAAACAGUCUCCCACUGUCUCCAGAAGCCGUGGCCUUCCAGAACAGUCUGCCCCUAAAGGAAGGGUAGGGCAGGCAGUACCCCAAGCAGGCUGCUCCUAGAGGUGGAGAACCCUUCAUAAAAACCCUUCAUCUACCCCAGAGACCUUGCCCUGCCACCCGAAAGGCCCAAGGUCAACUGUAUCCCUGAAGGCUCCGGGGAAGUUGUCGGGAAGACCUCUUAUCGCAGGUAGCAUCCUUGUGUCUGUGUGUAGAACUGGGAGGGGAGAAGACAAGCCCCAUUGAGCACAGCAUUCCCUGUGUUUGGGAAAAAGGCAAACACAAAUGCAGUGGUGUGAGGUACUUCAGAUCCUAAAAACACUGUAGGAAUAAAUCUGUGGUAACUAUAGAUGUUUAACUUAUAUCAUCUUCAAAAUAUUUAAUUCUUUUCCUCGUUCUACUAAUUAUACUGUGUCAGAUUUGGAUCUAAACAGGCAAGGAGGUGUUGAAUCACACCACUUUUAUUUGAAAUCAUGCCAUGGUACACUGUGGUUUGCCCCCCGAAGAAGUGAGUGCCCAGUCAGCACUCAGGCCUCAGGCCCCAGGCGAGGACAGACCUUGGCAAUGAAAGCACCACGGGGAAGCUUUCAUGCAAGCAAAAGAGCUUCCUGCCCUCCUUCCCCUCCUCCUCACCCACUCUCUCCAGAGCAUUUCAUGCAGAUGAAAACAUGGUGAUAGAGAUGAGGUAUAUGAUUUUUUUUUUAAUAUAACAAUCUGGAAAGGGCCGGAAUUGCUCUCAGUUGGUUACAUUUUACCUGCACUUUUGAUGUCUCUGUUUUCCAGAUUUUUCUAGAUAAUGGAUCACAGGUGAAUCUGAUCCUAAUGGGACCACUUUACUGACUCUCCUGACACCAAACAAAUCUCUCUCUCUCUCCCUCUCUCUCUCUCACGACUUGCCUCCUUUUCUCCCUCCCUCCUUCCCUCUGAAGAUUAGAGUCCAAAUUCCACAGUUUGAGUUGCAGCCCCCACCAUGUAGGAGCCAUAUGACCCUGGGCCUCACAUUUACCCUGUGAAGUGAGGCUGCCAUCCAGCUGGGCUCACUGGGAAGCACUGUACCAAUACUCUGCUGCUCUUGCCAUGAGGAAGAUAAGUCUUUCAGAUCCAGAAGCAUCCAGAACUGUUUUGGGGACAUGAUAAUGGGCAGUGGAAUUUUCUUACCAGCUUACUGAGAACCCUGAGCACCUAUAGCCCUACAGAUGCAUCACCCAUGGACACUUGAAAGACCAUUAUUAAUUAGCAUUCCUUUCCAUUGGAUUAGUUUCUGCUCCCUCCUCUGGUCCUCCAUUACAAAGGUAAUUCUACACCCAAAGAGAGGUACUUAGUGAGUUGCUGAUAUCUGGGUGGGCAUGAGGAAUGUCAGUCAUUCUUCCUGGUCUGAAGGACCAGCCUUGAGAUUGUACCACAGAUACACCAUAGAAGAAAGAGUCAAGACUGAGCACAAAAUGGAAACGUCAGGAGAAGACCAAUGAGGAACCUGACCUAGGGCCACCAAACCUUGUUUUUGUAGCUCCUGGCUUCAAAAGACCCUAUGUCUUUGAGCACAUAUCCCCAUUUUUUUCAGCUGAGAGCAAAGCCUUUUAAACCAUGGACCUGCUCAGCAUUUAACAGGUGGCUGAAAGGAGGCUGGAUCAGGCUCGGAAAGUCCUUAUUUGCAAGAGUGCUCUGCAGGAUCAGAGGAUAUGUGACUUCUGAUUUCUGCCCCAGAGCUCCUCCCAUAUUUUACAUCCAGUCAUCUCCCAGGCAAAAUGCAACAUUUUCAGUGCAAUACCCGAUUAAAAACAAACAUUUGAGUUUGUAAGACUGUUUCCUGACACCCAGCACGAGUCAGGCUGUGUAGCUCUUCCUCUGCAUUGUCAUUUCAUUAUCCUAACUGACAACAGAUCUGACUUUCCUCGAAUGACCCAAAGGCAGGGCCUCUGCUGUUUUCUUUAAGCAUCUAUUUUCCCCCCAUUGGCAAAUGGCCGACAAAUUCACAUUUAGGGAAACAUGCACAAAGAUGGCAGCUGAGUCCCCACUCCCCCAGCCCCAACUGUGAGCGUUGAGGCAGAACAAACAGAAAGACACUGUCCCCACCCACCUCACCCUUCUUCAUCUGGGCCCCCUGCAUGUCCUAGCCACUCUCCAACUCAGUCCUGUCAGUGUCCACCAAGCAUUCUCCUGACUCCUGCCUGUUUUAGUCCACUAUAUAUUGCUGUAUUUGCUUACAUGCUGGAAAGUAACUGUUAAAAUGUGAAACUGUAAUGUUUAAAAGGCUAUGAUUAAAUUAUAGCCAAUGCCACUCACCAAAUCUUUGCACCUAGUAGAUAGAUCAAUGUAAAAACAAAUACCAGAACCCUAACUGUACAGUGAGUGUGGGGGGAUGUAGUAACCUAGUUAGUAGUCCUCAGUAUAGCCAAGUGUAAGGGGGAAGUGGUGUCUACCUUCAAGUUCAUCACCAUUAUUGAAAGCUGUACUGAUCAGUUAGUUGAUAACGGGCAUUUUUUAAUACAUUUUCUUUUGGCUUCAUGGAAUGAUUUAACCUUCACCUUACCCCAAGGUCAAGCCUUUAGUCUUUGUGUAUAACCAAUGUUCAGUCUAUUUUAGGAAUGAACCAGCAAGAUGUUCAUUUAAAACUGACCAAAGACAAUUAAUUCCUGGUCUAAUUUCCUGGGCGUCUGGUGGCCCAGCUGCCGCUGAAGACCCAUCUCGGAUAAAUUUGAGAACAAGCUAUGUUCCAACCCUACUCUCCCCCCUUCUUCCCUUUUCCUCAGAAAGAGCUGCUCUGAGCUGUGGGAUUCUAUGAAAAAAUUCUUGCCUUUCCUUGUUUUCAGUGCUAACGAUUUCUCACCUUGAAGCGCCUUUUGAACCCCGGACAGAGCACACAAUUGGAGGGAAUUGUGGGCUUGGGAAUUAGACCUGGGAGUCUUUUCUCUGAUUCAGUAAACUAGGGGGUCAGGAAAGAAAUGGAUUCCCAAGGAAUGAAAGGUUUCUAUUCAAUGAAGAAAUCGGAGUGGGAAAAGACACAGGGAAAUGGAGCCAUCCUUUGGCUAACUGGCUGGGACCAGCAGUUCAGAGAUCUGCCUUAUAAACACUUCAAACUGGUUUGUGGGACAUAAGGGAGGCCUGUGGGGGACGGGCCCUCAUGCAGGGCUGCCUUCACCGGUCCUGUCUGCUGGAGUGCCUUGUGGUUGUUUCUUUCUAAUUUGGGAGGCAUGGACGGAGAGGACUCUGGUGACCUUGUACCUGGUCAUCGUCCAGUGCUCAGCGCACAUACACAUAACAGCUGAUGGAAAAAAACCACAAGGACUGACAUGAUGGUCCUCCUUCUCAGCCUUCCUAUUCCUAACUUCUCACACAUCCACGUGGUUCCACAUCAGAGCAGAUGCCUCAUCCUCCUGAGAAACUGGGAAAGAAAAGUGGAGGAGGGCUCUCCAGCCAUGGUGGUGGGCCCUGCUGGUCUGGGAAGGGAAGGCAUGGCAGGACAGGAAGGCAGAAAAGGGCAAGCUGAGGUGUUACAUAGCUGAUUUUCUGCUAUGCAGAGCUAAUGUUGACAUUCUGUGUCAACUUCCCUGGUUACUCUGGGGUCUCUUCUCCACUGAGCAGAAUUUCUAGUGGAGAACGUUCCGCACAUACCCAAAGGUGCCCAGGGGAGCUGUCAGGAGGGACUUUGCUGUCAGCCUGAGACUUCCUGACCUCUCUGAGGUUGAUUUGCCAGUAUCCCACUGUCCCAUCCCCUGGGACUGGCCAAGUGGCCAUCGCUGCCCUUUGCUGACACCUCCUUUCUGUGUUAACUGUCCCUGGCAAAUAAUGAAGCUGUUCCUGGAACCGGAACCGCCAGAGUGCACUUUCCUUCCCUGGACGGAAGUGGGUCCUGGCUGGCGCUGCUGCCCAGGCCCUCGUCCUGCAGUGUGACUGUUUACAUGGUUUGGCAGUAGGUUUGCUUCUGACUGCUUCAGAGUGGCUGGUCUGUUUUGUUUCCUUUGCUUUUAUUCCUCCUUUAAAUUGUGACAGGAAAAACAAACCGAAACCAUCCAAGGAAAUUGCUGGUUGCCUGUCCCCAUGUGAUGCUAACUGUUACCCUCUUCCGGGUAUCAUUUCUCUACCUUAUGACCAAACGCCCGUCCUAUAGCGUGUCUGAUUGGAUCCUUUGUUGAGUAUUCUGAUGGUGCCUGCUGGUUUGAUGUGGAGCUAUCCUGUGAAAUAAACAGCUUAACUUUU